GGAGGGGACAAGGGAGGCGAGGGUGGGAAGGGCGGGAGGCGAGUCCGAGUGUCAGACUGUGCGGUCAUUUUGCCAAGCCCAGAGAGCCUAGGGUCGUCAGUGCCAAUGGUGAGUGAUGGGAUCCCAUGGGCAGUGACCAUGAUGGCGGUGAUGAUGGUGCUGUGAGCCACGGUGUGGGGGGUAGUGAGUAAGAGGGGGGUGGGGGAGGAUCAGGAGGACCUGACGCGGGUAAGGACAAGGAGGACCACGACGAUGGCGAUUUUCUUUUCACAGCGGGAACAGUGGAGAUGAUGAUGAUGCUUCUGACAAGAGGGGAAGAAGGGAUGCGGUGAGUCUGUGACGAGGAGAAUGCGGGGACGCCACGUGAAGAGCAAGGAGAAGAGAGACCGACGAUGAAGGCCACAGUGACAAAAGGCAGCUGCUGUUGAUAAGGGGGACAAUGACGACAGUGGAGGCUAUGGAGAAGAUGGAGAGUCACCGAGGAGCCCCAGGAGAGAGCCCACGCGCGCAGCACGUUACCAGAUACUACUUCGUCUCCUCCUUACGACAGCAUGAGGAAAUCGAGGCAGAUGGAGAGACUCUGGGAACGGAACAUAUAAGCCUCUGCGGAAGAAACUGUGCUUAUUUAAUAAUGAAGUGAAAGGCCACUCCUAAGGGAUACCGAGCGCUACACGAGAGGGAAAGGAGAGUACAAACAGAGCCGGAGAAACCGCUGCAAUAUUCCUAAUGAAUGUCUCCAUCGCGGCCUCUGUCGCUUAGUGGGGCGCCCAGCACAUAGUAGGUGCUUCGUCGGUGUUUCUCCUGCUUCCUGUCAUAGAAAAGCCCAAACUGUGCGUCUGAACCGGGCUCGGGAUGUCCUGUAGCUUAGGAAGCCACGAGGAAGGAAGAGCACAUCCUCACGGGGCUGCUCCUCCUCUUGCCUGCUCCCCCUCUCCCCCCUUCUUCCGCUCCCCUGUGCUGUCACAGCCACUUCCCAAGGAGGAUGAUUCACGUCUCACUGAUUCCUCCCUCUCUCCCUUCACUCUGUCCUUCGCCAGCUCCGGAUCAGCCUCUUUGAUUUGCAAACGUGGUCCCUUCAGUCCUUCCGCCUGGGAUGUCACGGGGUCCCUCAGUCCUUCCGCCUGGGAUGCCACGGGGGCCCCUCGGUCCUUCCGCCUGGGAUGUCACGGGGUCCCUCGGUCCUUCCGCCUGGGAUGCCACGGGGCCCCUCGGUCCUUCCGCCUGGGAUGUCACGGGGUCCCUCGGUCCUUCCGCCUGGGAUGCCACGGGGGCCCCUCGGUCCUUCCGCCUGGGAUGCCACGGGGGCCCUCGGUCCUUCCGCCUGGGAUGCCACGGGGGCCCUCGGUCCUUCCGCCUGGGAUGCCACGGGGGCCCUCGGUCCUUCCGCCUGGGAUGCCACGGGGGCCCUCGGUCCUUCCGCCUGGGAUGCCACGGGGGCCCUCGGUCCUUCCGCCUGGGAUGCCACUGGGCCCCUCGGUCCUUCCGCCUGGGAUGCCAUGGGGGCCCCUCGGUCCUUCCAUCUGGGAUGCCAUGGGGCAGUUGCCGCUGCCCUCGCCAGUCUCACCCGCUGUAGCUUCCUCCCUGGCCGGAGUCUGCCCCUUUGCUCGCCAGGCCCACUGCCUGUUCCUGACCCUGUUGUAGACCCUCCCACCUGAGGAGGCCCAGCUCGGGGGUCUGCACCAGCCUGGCCAAGCGCCCCCGGGCAUGUGCACCCCCCAGGAGCCUCCGCAGGGACUUUACGUCUCCUCUCUGGCUGGCAAAUCAGUUUGUUUUUCUGGAGUCUUGCAAGUCUUAAGCAAAGGGUUUUAAACAGAAAAGGGAAAGGGAGGCUCGUGGUUAGUCUCCCACCGCGGCCCCUCGGGGUGCAGGAAGCGGCAGAGACACGGGGAGGUCCCCGGGCCACUGAGCAGGGACCGCAGAGACUCUG